AAACGUUUUAAAUGUCUUCUUAUUAGUCGAGUUACUUUUGAGUUGAAUCAAUACGAGAGAAAGUGACAUCUGCAGUCGAAAUAAUACCCCUCGUGAUAAAGUAGAUAAAAACAAAUGAUGGUCUUAAUCACAUGAUAAUUCUAGAACAAUAGAUGAUGAUCAAAUGAAAGAACGAUAUGAUGACAAAAAUAAAAAUACCAGAGAAGUGAAUCGUCAUUCAGAUAAACGAUAUGAAAAAGAUUCUUCUGAUAUUUGGAAUGACGUUUAUCAAUUAGGUAAUUCCAUUCAAGAUGCCAAAAAACUGAAGAAAAUACUCGAGUUACCCAUGGAGGAAAAAAUGACCAAUGUUUUGAUGUCAUUAAAUCAUAUCAUGCGAAAGCAAUCUACACUGGAGGUAUUAUUAUUAAAAGGCAAAGGAUUUGGACAGAAUUCCACUGAUGACAAAAAAUUAGAUGCUACUAAAGUUCUAGAAUUGUCCAAGACCCUGCCAUUAAAAACCAUUGAGCAGUGGGAACAUUUUGACAAAAUGAUGGAAAACAUCGAUAAAGGAAUUAUGUUUGCCAAUUAUAUCAAAACAUUAGACUAUGGCAAUCCAACCGGUACCUUGCGAAAGAUUAUGGACAAAAUUCUGAGUAACGAAUUAGGCAAAACGUUUCAAAGGACCGCAAGAUCUCAAGGGACAAAUCAACCUCUGCCAAAGCACAUAUUUGAAGAUAGUAAUACAUUUAAAUUAGUGGAAGCUGUUAUGAAGGAAUUAUAUCCAAAAAAUCCAGACUUCGGUGGGGAUUUGACCAGGUGGUUCACAUCGCGUAAAAAAUAUUGCGAUAACGAGGAGAGCAAAAAGAACAACAAAAGAUCGAAAAAUAAAGAAUUAACUGGACCAUCAUCAAAACGCCGAAGAACCAAAUAA